AUGCUCAGGACUGCCCUGGUCCUCUCUGCCUGGUUCGCCCUGGCUGUGGCUUACCCUGUCAAAUUUCAGCAAUUCAUCACUGACCAAGUCAUUAUCAUUGACCAGGAAUCGACCUCUGACCUAGAAUUGACUACUGCCCUAGAGUCAACUACGGGCCUAGAGUCAACUACUGCCCUAGAGUCAACCACUACCCUAGAGUCGACCACUGCCCUAGAGUUGACCACUGACCUACCAGACUCGACCACUGACCUACCAGACUCAACCACUGCCCUAGAGUUGACCACUGCCCUAGAGUCGACCACUGCCCUAGAGUCAGCCACAGCUCCAGUGUUGGCCACUGCCCUAGAGUUGACCACGGCCCUAGAGUCAACCACUGACCUACCAGACUCAACCACUAAUCUAGAGUCGACCACUGCCCUAGAGUCUACCCCUGCCCUAGAGUCAACUACUGUCCUAGAGUUGACCAGUGCCCUAGAGUCGACCACUACCCUAGAGUCAGCCGCUGCUCUGGAAUCGGCCACUGCCUUAGAGUCUACCUCUGGUCCAAUGCUUCAGAGUCGGCCACUGCUCUAG